UUUGAUCAAGUUACUGCUGGCUUGAGUCGUGAGAAGAAAGAAAACAAAUUACGUUUGUUUGGAUGCCAAAGCAAUCCUGAGGGGAGGAGAGACAAUCUCUCUCUCUCUCUCUCUCUCAAUAAUAAACAUCUUCCCUUCCAGAGAGAGAAACUCUUUUUUUCUUCCAAUUUUGUCCCUUGCCUUUUCUUCAUUUCUCACUUCUAUCCCGUUCCUUUUCUUCUUUCCUUUCUCUUUACCAACUCCUUCAGUUUCCAAUCUUCAAUUCCCAAUUUCUAGGGUUUUAUUAGGUUUUUACCCGAUCCAAUGGAACCUCGUAUUGGUAACAAGUUCCGUCUUGGCCGCAAAAUUGGUAGCGGAUCCUUCGGCGAGAUCUAUCUCGGUACAAAUAUUCAGACAAAUGAAGAGGUUGCAAUUAAGCUUGAAAAUAUCAAAACCAAGCAUCCUCAGUUGUUGUACGAAUCAAAGUUGUAUAAAGUACUUCAAGGCGGAACUGGUAUCCCGAAUGUGAGAUGGUUUGGCGUAGAAGGAGAGUACAAUGUUCUUGUAAUGGAUUUACUAGGACCAAGUCUCGAGGAUUUAUUCAGUUUUUGUAGUCGGAAAUUGUCCCUUAAAACUGUACUCAUGCUUGCUGAUCAGAUGAUAAAUCGAGUUGAAUAUAUUCAUUCCAAAUCAUUUUUACAUAGGGACAUCAAACCAGACAACUUCCUCAUGGGUCUGGGGAGGCGAGCUAAUCAAGUGUAUGCCAUUGACUUCGGUCUUGCUAAAAAAUACAGGGACACCUCUACCCAUCAGCAUAUACCUUACAGAGAGAAUAAGAACUUGACAGGAACUGCUAGAUAUGCUAGUAUGAAUACGCAUCUUGGAAUUGAGCAAAGCCGUAGGGACGACUUAGAAUCACUUGGAUAUGUUCUUAUGUACUUUCUGAGAGGAAGCCUUCCAUGGCAGGGAUUAAAAGCAGGUACUAAAAAGCAGAAGUACGAGAAAAUCAGUGAGAAGAAAGUUUCUACUUCUAUUGAGUCCUUGUGUCGUGGCUACCCCUCAGAAUUCGCUUCGUACUUCCAUUACUGUCGGUCAUUGCGGUUUGAUGAUAAACCAGAUUAUGCAUAUCUGAAAAGGCUGUUUCGCGACCUUUUCAUUCGUGAAGGAUUCCAGUUUGAUUAUGUCUUCGAUUGGACCAUUUUGAAGUAUCAGCAAUCUCAAAUUGCCACUCCUUCUGCACGUGCCAUUGGUUCUGGUGCUGGGCCAAGUUCUGGAUUACCACCAGCUGUUGUGAGUGCUGAGAGACCAUCAGGUGGGGAAGAUGGUAGACAUGCUGGUUGGUCUUCAUCAGAUCCUGCUCGUAGAAGAAACUCUGGACCUAUUGCAAAUGAUGGAAACUUGUCUAGACAAAAAGCCCCGGUACCAAGUGACUCAAAUGGAUCUAAAGAAGUUAUGUUGUCUAGUUCUAAUUUCUUCCGGCCUAGUGGAUCUACAAGACGAGUAGGUGCUGUUUCCAACAGUCGUGAUGCAGUUGUUAGCAGUGAAAUUGAACCCUCUCUUCCUCUUGCCAGGGAUGGUAGUCCUGGAGCACUCCUUAAAACCUCUGGUGCUCAAAGAAAUUCACCUAUCACAUCAUCGGAGCACAAAGCAACCACAUCUUCUGGCAGAAACACAUCGAACAUGAAGAAUUUUGAGUCAACUAUCCGAGGUAUUGAGAGCCUGAAUUUCAAUGACGAGAAGGUACAGUAUUAGCAGCUGCCACUCUUGAUCACCGUAUCUUGUUGGUAAAAAUUUAAAAAGUUUUAUACUUUCUCACAAACUACCGAGUGGAUUGUUGUCUGUUGUUCAUUUUGUUGAGGAAAGCUACUACAAAGUUGGGAAUUGUGACCACAAGUAUAUAAAAAAGAUGCUUAUGGGGUUGGUUUCCUGUCAAAGCUUUACCCAUAAAAAAGGCUUCUUCUGUUAAUACAGUUUACAUUUUACUCCCAUUGGUUCUUCAGCUUCAGCUUUAUACAAUCGUUCCUCUUUUAUAUUCA